CAUCAGCCUCACUCCUUACGAACCACAUUCCUUUCCCCAGCUCCACCACCGCUCAAUACCACACGCAAAUCGCUCCCAUACGAAACUACAAUCGCAAUCAUGACACGAGCACAACAAGUUAUUUCCAUGGGCCUUUUGGUUGCCUCCGUACGUCCCCCUUAACUGAUCUGAGCUUUGGCGCAAGAUGAACUGAUCCUUCCAUAGCUUUAUUUGGCACUUUACUUACAGCUUGUUCCUCUGCCGGCUGUGUUCUCGGAACAGAUUAUUCCUGUUGUAUGUUUAAGCGUUUCUUUUGCAAAAUCUCAGUCGUUCCUAUUCAUUCUACAAUCGCGGAGACAGAGCAGGAAGAACAGAGGGGUUUCGAAUCUACGACAUCAUACCCAGCUUCACACCUUUGCAAUUUUUUAAACAGCCACAAAGCCGAUGUCUAUUCUUUCUGCAAGGCUGUUAGGAAGGCAAUGGAUGUAGAUUAGUCUAUGAACCUCCCGCCUGCGACUUCUGCGGGCACUUUCUACAGCGAUGCCACUACAACUAUCUCGAAUGCUGCUAAUCUCGUGUUUUUGUAGCUGCCAUUCUGGGCACUUGUUUCUUUCGGCGCCUACCUUCUCUUUAGUCUCGGACUGGGCGUAUUCACAUUCAACGAUGUACCAAAAGCACAUGCAGAACUUAUGAGGGAAAUCGAUUUGGCCAGAGCGGACUUGAGAACAAAGGGUGUCGAUGUCGAUUAGAUGGAUUGCAUUUCUGUUUGGGAUAUGGUAUUCGUUCGUUGGAAGCAAAGUUCUUGGGUCAAUACGGAAGCUCAGAAUGAAGGUUCUCUUGAAGGCAUUAGGUUCAUAAUCAUAAAGAAGAGCCAUAAACCAGCCCAUAAAAGAAGUCUAUGGGAAUCGUAUAUACACAGUCUUUCGUUUCUUGUAUGGCCACCCUCUACCC